UGUGUUUGAAUGUUGUUGGUAUGACCGCCAGCCUUUUCCUCUCUCAGCAUGCCUGCAGCGAUGCACCUCACUGUACUGGUGUCCCUGUUUGCAGUCACGGUUUGUGCUAGCACCACCACUUCCUCUGCAGAUGAACGGGUGACCACAAGACCUGCACAGCCCACCAGUUUAACUGUGACAAUGAAAAAUGAUGUCAGUUUAUCCACUGUGACAACUACUAAGAACACACAGCAGCCCACAACAGCAACUCACCAGGCUACCGCAUCACCACAGCCAUCGACUUCCCCACAAAUACUUAACAGGACGGAGGACAAACAGCCCAGUGCUCCUCCUCAGACCUCAGUGACCAACCAGACGUCCAAUGAGACAGUUUCCCAUGGACUGACACUCCCACCAGGAUCAGAAUCACCAAAUGUCACUGCUAACACCACCAUAAACACAACCAGCCCAGAUUUUUCACACAAGGGGCAAAAAGGUGACUUGAUAGAAAAUCCGGGCCUCGUGGCCGUCCUUUGCAUUUUCUGCAUCGUCGUGGCCCUCGUGCUGGUGGUUGUCACCGUGAAAUGUAUCCGAUCACCAAGGUCAAACUUCGAGAGGCUUGAAGAUGUGCCGAUGGGCAAAGUGAGCGAAGAGUCUCCGUUCGCCCACCACUCAAAAUGACAGAGACUUCCUCUGAGACCGAUGUCCAGGAGGAGUCUGACUCUGAUGUUUCUGGACAGAGAAAAACACAGACUUGUCGACCACACCAGCAAUGACAAGAAAAAGACAAGUUUUAAGUUGGUCUCCCACACUGUUAUUUCUUUACAUAUCCCUUUUGUCAAUGGCCUUGGAGUAUUUCUGCCUCAGCUUUGACCACUGAUCUGCUUAUUUGGCUGCUUCUAAUUCUGCUGAUUUAGGCUCUGACACUCAACUCUUCCUCCGUCUUCUGAAAGCUGAGAAUCAGCCUAAAACAUACCAGUGUAAAUGUAAUGUUUCCAGAUGGUGAAAGUAUGAUGUCAUAGUAAGCACUUCCUUUUCCUAAUUGCACUCUUGCAUGUAACAAGUAGCGUUAUAAGAAUACAGGACAUUUUAAGUUUCCAGAAUGAUUUGGGGAUUUGUGUUCUCAGCAGUGCACAGGAUGAUAUAUUUCUAGUGUUAUCCACAUGUACAAAUGCUGUUUGGGGCAAUUGUAAUGUAUGUGUGAAAUAUAAUUUGUAUAAUGUUAUUUAUUUCCAUGUAUGACAUAUAAAUACUCCCCUGGCCUGAGACCUCCAGUGCAGAUUGUACUUGAAGUCCUAUAAACACUUUUCAGAAGCUGAAAUAAACUCAUUGGAUGAGUUCAAUUUCAACAGGAACAAUGAAAAAACAUUUGCAUUAUUAUGGCCAAAAAACAUCAAGACAGCCAACUAACCAAGGAAAGGGGUUCAAUAAACUUAAAAUAAAAAAGUGUAAGUAAUUUGGCCUUAGCUUUGUUGGCUCCUCUGUUAAACUGUAAUCUUGGCCAACUAGACUGUUUCUGGCUGUUCUCUGAUUGGCUCUAGCUCAUUCAUUUUAAUUCACAGCCUUCUUCAAAUCAAGAAUAACAAUUAAAUUACUUUCAUACUACUUUCAGCAAAGUAAUUUUGCUGCAGUAUGUGUUCACACUCAGGGAUUGUAGCAAAAUCCAUGUUUUUAAAAUGUGGGCGAUCAUAGUAUAACCCGGCCUCUUCUGCGUGCAUUAUCCUGCCAGACAUGAAAAAUUGUGUUGUUUUCACUAAAACAAAAUGAAAUGAAUACAUUUGACUUACCAAGCCAGG